AAACAAGAAAUAGCAGAGAGAAAGCAACAAUGGCGUCGUCCUCAACAACAACCUUCUCUUUUGCUUUCAAAGUCUCACCCCCAAUUGCUCGCUCUUCUACUACUAGUCUUCAUACCUCUCCUACCAUUGUUCGCCUCUCACAAUUCACCAAGAAAACCUCACUCAACCUCAGUUCCUCACACACCAUAUCUGGUUUCUCCCCAAUCCUUCCUCGUCUCACCUUUCCCACUCAAACCCCCCAAUCUCUCACCGUCGUCUUUGCAAAAGGCUACAAAAUGAAAACCCACAAGGCUUCGGCGAAGCGAUUUGAGUCACGGGUAGUGGGAAGAUUAUGAGGAGAGCUGGGUAGCAGCAUUUGCUUAGAAAGAAGAAUACCAAGAGGAAACUGCAACUCACAGCCCUAGAUUGUGGGUACAAGCUUGAUUCCUCUUUUCAGCCAUCACAGCCCUCACCUACCUCAGUCUCACCUUCAGCUAAUACUAAAGCCUAUGUUGCCUCUACUUCAAACUCAGGCUAACAGCAGUCUAAUUCAAAUUGGUUUCUUGAUUCCGGAGCUACUAGUCAUAUGACAAAUGAUCUCAGCAAUCUUUCUUUUUAUCAGCCUUAUCAGGGGCUAUUGGUGAUGG